AUGGCUACACCGCUCUCGCCGUUGCCUCCCUCAAAUACCAAUCGUAUCGCGCCACUGACCGUGGAAAGGAAGUCGAACUACCACUCUCCAACAAAAUACGCCUAUGAACCGCAAGACAAUGAGAACAUGACCGACAGUCCAGGCGACCCUCCUAGCUCCCCCUUCGUUGCAGACGUCGAAUCGUCGCCAGCGAGGCCUGAAAGUAGAAGCAAGAAUAGCUCGCCGAUCAAGGAGCGGUCAGAAGAAUACGAACCCAGGCAGCUUACCAAGGACGCGCUGAGAGAGAAUGAGGACCUUACACGGGCAUCUCAGCCAGUGCGAGAUGAUACUAUGAGGACACAUGACUUUACUAUACAUGAUGAUACAGUCUCUGCGGUAGACGGACCUGCUGGCUAUGCUGGCAUGGACGACACGGCGUUCUCGGCUUUCUCCGCCGUCCCCAACCCAGACAUGACUCGGUUUGCGCGACUGGGUCAAUCUCCUACGAAAAGCGCACUUGGUAGCCCAGCGAAGUCUCCGUUCGAAGAAGUUCCAACCCCAAGGCCUACAGGAAGGAAUACACCAUCAAGACAUCGGCACCAGUACGACGAUAGCUACUCAUCGCCUACACCCCGUCGGCAAGAGCCAUCUCGGGACAAUGAUACCACAAACCUCCUCAUCGACUUCACAGGCCAAUUCAAUCCUGCAGCUGAAAGAUCGCCCAGCAGGAAUGGCCGCCUGUCGCCCAAGAAAUACCAUACGCAGUCAGACCUUGCCUCGCAUCUGUCAAGUCGCCGCACGCCAUCACCGGCAAAACAAGCGUUACCUCCCGGCACGCCCUCAGAAUCGCGUCAUCUAGCCAACCUUCUCGACUUCGAUCUUCCACCCGCACCCACACCACGCUCAAUACCCAGCAUCUCCGCCCGAGAACUCGAGUCCAUGAAAUCAGCCUUCCAGUCGCAGAUAUCCUCGCUGAAAGCUGAAUUGAGUGGUAAGGAAGCAGAGGUCAGCAGCCUUAAAAAUGCGAUGGGCGAUGCCGAAAGGCGGGUUGGCGAAUCUCUAGAGCAAGUUCGCGAGGAGCGGGAUGCGAAGGAGGGGUUGCAGGCGGAGAAGGCUGAUUGGGAGAAAAGGCAACAAGAGAUGCAAACCGUGUUGAAAGACGUGAAAGAGGAGAUCAUCCGGGGUGAGCAUGAGAAGGACCAGUUGUUACAACGAGUCAGCGAAGCAGAAGAUAAGCGCCAAGAGGCAGAAUCAAAAGCAGUGGAAGCCGAGAGUAAGAUUGCCGGUAUGAGAGCCUCUUCAUCCUCUACUGCGCCCUCGGACAGCGGCAGCGUAAAUACAAACAGUGAAGUCGAAGCUGCGGUGACCAAAGUUGCAAAAGAGCUACAUGGUUUGUACAAAACUAAGCAUGAGGCCAAGGUCACUGCGCUGAAGAAAAGCUAUUCGGACAGAUGGGAGAAAAGGAUGAAAGAUCUGCAGAACAAGAUCGAUGAGUUGAGUAAAGAGAAUGAUGAUCUUAGGAUUGGGAGAGAUGCAACUAUGACAGGGGUUGAGCCCGGGGCCUUCGCUGCGGGUUCAAGUCCCGAGAGCAAGGCCCACCAGGGAGAACAGAGGCAAGAGUUCGAGAAGCAAGCAAAACGUCUUGAUGAGCAGAAGCAACAGCUCGCGAAUGUGGAGAAAGAGCUUGAAACCGUGCGACGAAACCUCGCCAGCUCCACGGAACAGAACGUCUCCCUCCUCUCCCAACUCUCCGCCUCCCGAGCCGAAACCGCAGAGUUGAUCGCCGCAACAGAAGAGCUGAUGAUUCUCUCUCAAAACCCCAUGGCGAAUUCCUCGUCGGGCUCUCACAACGCACAACCCGCACCGUCGGAUACGAGAUCCACGCUUUCGAGAUCGACUUCUGGGUCCGGCUUGAAAGCGCCCGGAUUCGGUGGUUAUAGUGGCGAGAGCAGGAUUGGCAGGAUGCCGGCACCGAGUGGGUAUGGCAGGGACAGGGGCGACAACGGGGCGGGAGGGAGGAGUGGGCUAUUGGGGAAUAUUGAAAGGAUGGGGAGGGGGCGGAUCCCUGACUGA